AUGUUGGUUUAUGACGGAAGGCCCGCUGAGAAGGGAAAAGCCCCACCAAAGCAUCUCCCCCUCGGCUUUGCAAGUAUAAAAAGCUACAUCACUCCUACAACAACAUCGCGGCAAUUCUUCCUCACUCCUCUAGUUAUCACUUACUCCGAUAUUCAAAUGUCACCGGCCCUGACUCCGCCACAGAGGCCAUCCUGGUUGUAUACGGUUGAGUCUACCGGCACUUAUACACAGAGAGCUCUUUCAUCUGACUCUCAGGACACAGAUAUCUUCGGAUUCUUCCCGCAGACCCUCCAGGGCGCAGAUAUCAUCUCCACUUCUGACUCGGAGCGCAAAUACCGCGUGUUUAUGCCCGACUUCUUCGACGGCAGCCCCGCCGAUAUCUCCUGGUACCCUCCAGACACCGAUGAGAAGAAGGAGAAAUUUGGCGCCUUCUUCCAGAACAGAGCUCCGCCACCAAACACUCUCCCACGCAUACCCAAGGUGGUUGAGGAGAUCAACAAGGCCUACAGCAUCGGUGGUUCUGGCUUCAAGUCAUGGGGUGUGGUAGGCUACUGCUGGGGAGGUAAGAUUACCUCUCUACUCUCCGGCAAGGACUCCCUCUUCAAGGCCGCUGUCCAGAUUCACCCGGCCAUGAUUGAUCCCAAGGAAGGUCUCGAUGUGACUAUCCCCAUGGCAAUCUUGGCUUCCAUGGACGAAGAUGCCGCGGAGAUUGACGCGUACAAGAACAACCUAAAGGUCGAAAAGUUGGUCGAGACCUAUCCUACCCAGAUUCACGGCUGGAUGUCCGCUCGAGGCGAUUUGAAGAAUCCCGAUGUUAAGAAGGAGUAUGAGAAUGGAUACAAGUCCGUCAUCGCCUUCCUUAGAGCCCAUUUGUGA